UGAAGGAGAUACGUUUUUAUUACAGGCGUUGAAGCAACACCUACGAAGCCAUUCUUAUACCGAGUUCAUUUUCAGAAGAAACCUUCUUAGCAAAAUACAAACAAGACCAUAAACAACAAAAAGUUUUCAACCAAAAUCCAUAACUGUCCACACACGACGCAAGUUGAAAUAAAAAAAUAAAACCUAUGAGAUCUCCUCAGUCAGCGUGACAACGUCAAACUUCAAGAAUAAUGUUUUCGGAUGACGGAGAGAGGCCAGCUAAGAUGAAGUUGUGAUGAAUCGGAACUUUGUGUUCAACCACCAACAGUGGUUGAGUGGUCAUUGUUUGAAAGUUGAAGCUUAACAUGAGAACGAAUCAUUUUCUGGGAUCCAUGAAGGACAGGCAGAGUGCAUGGUCGAGGACUGCCAGCACCCUGAACAGGUGGCUGUGGGGAGCUCUGUGCUGCGGAGUGCCAGGCGUACCCUGCUACUUCUGCAACUGCUGCGAAAGACUUGACGAUGGCUCAGAGAGAGAACGGCCCAGAGUUAAUCGUGAGUCCCAAAUAGACAAGGCGACGGCAACUGCGGAGCGCGUGGCAAGGCCACAUCGGCCGCACGCGCCAUGCGGCCGCAAGCACACGCCGGAGACACUAUCAGCCGUGCGGUACGCUCUCAACCAGCUCCAAGCCGAGCCCACGUCCAAGUCCGAGCUAAAAGCCUUGCCGGAAUACUCACGACAUUCGCCCGAACCCUGCUGAGGGCAUCCUGUGUUCAGUCAUACGCAGGUAGUGACUUGUGGCGAAAGUCUUCCCUUCAUGGGGUACGUCGUAAUAGCGUUACCUACGUAAUUAUAAGAAUUUUGAUUUAUGCUUAGCUGUUUUGGGAUCUGACAAAGUGACAACCCCUUUUUGAGCUCUAUAGACCUCAAAAAGAUGUUCUGUUUUUUCCGCUCUGCGCAAUUAUGUAGUCAGACAUACCUCUAAGAUUUUCUUACCGACUAUGAUUGACCCUUUCUAUGACCAUAGUUUGAAAGCAUAGUUUUAACUGCCUUCCCAAAAAGAGAGGUUUUCAAUUCGGUUAUUUGUAUUUUUUAUUAUUCAACACAGAUUUGGUAACGAGAAAAGUCCCAAACAAAAUAGUUGUCAAUAUUCUCUUUAUAACAUUACAAGAUCAUUGUAUAGAAUUGACUGAUUCCCACAAGGUUGCUUACUAAAUGUAUUUACAUAAGUUACGAGUUAAUUUUAUUGUAAAUAAACGUAUGUUUAAAAGAACUUAACAAUAAUUUGAAGAGACGUAUCGUGAGGUGAUAUUUUAGUUAUUUGGCAGCACGGGUACUCGAUACUUUGUCUGUAAUUAACAAUUUAAAUAGUUAAGGACUGAUAUAGGUAUUAUAAUUUGUUCGAAACCAAAAAGAAAUGGAACAAGCUCAAGUGUGUCGUUUAUUGUUUAUUUUAUACGUUAAUCAUUGUACAGUGUUUUAUAUGUUUUGUAUUCUUGUACUUUAUUAGAAAUAAAGUUUAUUGU